GGGGCAGUAGCAGCGUAGUAGUAGAAGAAGACGCAUGAAAAUAACGUCACGACAGUAAACAAGAGCAUGUCGCACAGACAGUCCAAGUCAAGAGAAAUGAAUGGACAAGCGGACGUCGAAGUGGAUUACAAGCGGAAAUACAAAAAUCUCAAGCGAAAAUUAAAGUUUCUCGUUUAUGAGCAGGAAUGUUUUCAGGAGGAGUUGAGGAGAGCACAGAGGAAACUGCUGAAGGUUUCAAGGGACAAAAGCUUUCUCUUGGACCGGUUGCUACAGUAUGAGAGGGUAGAUGAGGACUCCUCAGACUCAGAUGCAACUGUUUCUUCAGAAAACAGUGAAGUGGAGGGGCUCAGGGAGAGGGAAAAAGAACGAGAUGGGGCCAAGAAGAGAAAAAGUAGUCCCGGGGUGUGCCUUUCUUCAUCUUCAUCACCUCAUCUCUCGCUGUUAACCCGUCCUGGAGUAAAUCCUCUGCAGGCAUCUGGUGCUGGACCCUACCUCAACACUAUGCCCUUCCCACCAGAGUAUUUGGCACCGCGUGCUGAGCGGAUGAAGAAAGAGAGAAAAACAAAGGCGCCUAAAAACAAGAAAGAGACCAUGGGGAAGGUUGUUGCUCCAAUGACGGCUAACUACCCAUCAGCCCCUGCGACAACCCCAGCAGCCAGCGGCCCCUUCAGCUGGGUUCCCAGACAGAUGCUGUGUGGAGAUGCAGCUGAAGAGGAGGGUGAGAGCGAUGUAGACAGCGACAGGGGAGAUGAGGACAGAGGGGAGGGAGACGAGGCGGAACUCGUUAUUGACAUCCCUAAUGAGUGAACCUGAGUGUUUAGAUGUAUUUAAUGGUAGGGAAUGGAAAGGUUUAUGUAUUUGUGUGUGUGAACGGUGAAAGAUCGUACUUGAAUCAAUGUAUUUCUUCACCAAGAGGUGUAUUCCAUUAUCUUAAAAGGAGAGGUAAGCUCCCUCUUGUGGAUUUAAGUUACUCUGCAGUCUGUCUACUCCACUAAUCUUAGGAAAAUAUUGUUGCUCUAAUAUUAUGCUGAGAAAUAAAGCUGUGACAAGGGUAAAAGUUACAACUUUUAAGAAAAAUCCAGGGUUUGUUAGAUACAUUGAACUAGAAUUUUCAGUUUUUCUGUUGCAAGAGCAGAUUUUAUCAAUCUACAACCAAGUUUUUCUUUCAGAGAUAUCUCUUUUGUACUUUCUGACACCUCUUACUUGAUAAUCUAGACGUCCUAGCAGUUUUUAAUUCAGAUUUUUUUGUUUUACUACCCACAAACAGUUCUGAUAUCUUUAAUUUGUAAUUAAAAAAAAAUUGAUGUACCAGAUUUAAUAAAUGACUUCUUUUGUUUUA